AUGGAAAAGACGCGUACUGACUACAGCUUUAAAGUCGCCAUAAUUGGAGGCGGAAUCACUGGGUUGGUGCUUGGCCUCGGCUUGCUUCGUCGCAGUGUCAAAUUUACCAUAUAUGAGCGAGCCGACAGCUUUUGCGAAAUUGGUGCGGGCAUAGGGUUCACACCGAAUGCCGAACGUGCCAUGGAAGCCCUCGAUCCAGCGAUUCACGCGAGUUUCAGAAAAAUUGCUGUUCAGAACGAGGAUGACUACUUUCGUUAUGUUGAUGGGUUCCAUCAUGGUCCACAAGACAAGGCCAACACGGCAGAGGCACAGUUCUGCAAAAUGUACUUGGGUGAGCGGGGAUUCGAGGGAUGUCGCCGCCACGACUUCAUCCAAGAACUCGCUGGGCUUAUGGAAGCGGAUUGCAUCAAAUUCAAUAAGUGCUUAGUCUCUGUGAAUGAUGGUGUGGUGAUGAAAUUUGAUGACGGCUCGAUCGAGCAAGCAUCAGUGAUUAUCGGUUGCGACGGUAUUAGAUCCCGCUUGCGUCAAAUCAUGGUUGAAGGGGAUGGAGACGUUUCGGUGCUUCCUGGGCCAGCUUACGCGCACAAGUAUGCGUUCCGUGGUUUAGUGCCAAUGGAGGCAGCACGCGGCGUCUUGGGGGAGCACAAAACGAGUAAACGAUUCAUGUUUCUUGGGCCGGAUGCCCACGUGCUUACUUUUCCUGUUGCUGGUGGCGCUAUCAUGAACGUCGUCGCAUUCGUGACAGACCCCAAACCAUGGACAGCGGAGCAUUUAAGUGAAAAGACUACAAGGGAGGAAGCCAUCGUUGCAUUUGCUCACUUUGGUCCGGCGGUGCGCACGAUCAUUUCUCUACUACCUGACAAACUGGAUAGGUGGGCAAUCUUUGAUAUGUACGAUCGACCGCUGCUCCGCUUCACGACAGGAAGUCUAUGUCUUGCAGGAGACGCUGCUCACGCUGCCAGCCCGCAUCAUGGAGCUGGUGCUGGCUGCGGUAUCGAAGAUGCUCUAGCACUAGCAGAAUUGCUUUCAGCGGUCUCCAGACGAUUGGGAGACAAUGUGCCAAUAGAGACACUUGUUGCAGCUGCCCUCGAAACUUACAAUGAAGUUCGAUACGAGAGGUGUCAGUGGCUAGUUCAAAGCAGUCGUAUUGUGGGUGAGAUGUUUGAGUGGCGCCAAUCAAAAAUUAGUACUGGUCCGGAGGCUUUUGCGCGCGACUUAAGCUCUCGUUGUCACACAAUAUGGGAUUUUGAUACCGAAGAGAUGGUUGCAAGUGCGCACAAAAAGUUCAAUGGCAAGAUGCGACGAAUCAGAGACCAACUGGUCUCAUCUAACUCAGCUCGUCGCACCUGCGAAACUCCAGAGAAUAGUAUGGAAACCAAAAAUGCAGAAUAUGUGCAAGGGUUGAAACUCUACUUGGUGUUGAGCGCACUUACUAUUGUUUAUUUCCUGAUCAUGCUCGAUAAUACCAUCCUUGCAACUGCGAUUCCAUACAUCACAGACGAAUUUCAUUCGCUUUUGGAUGUUGGUUGGUAUGGAAGCGCUUACCAGCUCUCCUGUGCGGCUCUGCAACCUCUGACCGGCAAGAUCUACACACGUAUCAACUCUAAGGUCGUUUUCAUCGUAUGCCUGGUAGUGUUCGAAGCUGGAUCGGCACUUUGUGGCGCGGCUCCAUCAUCUACUGCCUUGAUUAUUGGCAGAGCGCUUGCUGGUAUGGGCGGUGCUGGUUUGCUAAACGGUUCGUUGAUCAUACUAAACUCGUGUGUUCCGCCAAGCCGCCAGCCAGGUAUGCCUUCUAUUCUUAUUGGACAACUAGGUAUAGCUUUUGGGCCGUUGUUAGGCGGAGCGUUUACCGAGUACGUGACAUGGAGAUGGUGCUUCUACAUCAACCUACCGAUUGGUGGAGCCGCCGCAGCCGCAAUUGUUUUUACGCAUAUCCCCGACCACAUACCAAAGCCGCACUGGAGCAGGGCUUUCGACAAUGCGCUAAGCGAGUUUGACCUUGUUGGUUUUGUACUUUUUGCGCCAGCGGCAAUUCAGUUCUUUCUCGCUCUACAGUACGGGGGCAAUCAGUUUCCAUGGAAUAGCUCGCAAGUUAUCGGACUCUUCUGUGGUGCCGGCGCAACACUUGUGGUAUGGCUAUGCUGGAACUACUAUCAAGGCGACCGUGCCAUGGUACCAGCCUCCAUGAUGAGAAAUCGACCAGUCUGGCUCUCUUGUAUUGUCGGGCCUUUUACAGGCGCGACUGUCUUUGUCACGGCUUAUUAUCUUCCCCUAUAUUUUCAAGGGGUGUUAGCUUAUUCGCCGUUCAUGGGCGGAGUGGAUGUGCUGCCAAAUAUUCUCGCCCAAAUGAUUUUUACAAUUAUUGCCGGCGGACUAAUUCAAAAAUAUGGCGACUAUCCCCAUUUCACGAUUAGUGGUUCCAUUCUCAAUGCUGUCGGCUGCGGGAUUCUAGGAUUGCUCACACCCACGACUCCAACGGGCCAAUGGAUUGGUUUUCAGAUCAUUUUCGGCGCUGGGAGAGGCCUCUCCAUGUCAAUUCCAUUCCUCGCCGUCCAGAAUAGCCUUUCAAAGCAGCAAAUCCCUGCCGCCAUGUCUAUCCUUGUGUUCCUCCAGAACUUCAGCGCCGCUGUUAUGACAGUGCUAGCCCAAACAAUCUUCACCAACAGCCUUGUCGAGCUCUUGCCGCGAUAUGCGCCGUCGGUCGACCCGGCUCUAGUCAUCAGCGCCGGCACCACCGACCUCCGGAGACUCGUGCCAUCUGACAGCAUCAGCGAAGUCUUGAAUGCCUACUCGGGAAGUCUGGACCGUGUUUUCUUCUUCUGUGCGGGACUUGCCACACCACCAUUGUUGUUUGGUUGGUUCCUGGUCAAAAAGGAGCCUGAGACACAUGAGAAAGAUCAGCAUGGGAGUGUGGUAGCUUAG